AUGCCACCAACUCCAUCUAUCACACUUCCUACUAUCUAUGUCAUGGGCAUCAGCAAAGCAUAUUACAGGGUUGUUGAAGUCCACUGCCAUACAUGGCUUUUGAUGCUGGGCUUGGACAAUUUGUGUACUAUAGGCAGGGCAGCAAACUCAAUGAAGGGAAGAUGCAAUUUCAAAGUGGCAAUCGUGCAUACAAGUUCUGCAGAGAUGUUAGUUGAGGAUUGCAAGGCUGUUGAGGUGAUGCUAGUUGAUCUUGAUGUUGAUAUUGAACACAUACCAUAUACUGCACCUCCUGGUGGGAAUGGAGCAGACCUUAGCCAUGGAGGUGGGGAGUAUGAAGCCUUUGAAGGACUAGCUCAGCAAAUGGCAGACCUCUCUGGCUUCUGCUAUGUGGAUCCUCACACAUGCAAGGACUGUAUCGAUGUCCAGAACAUCAAUUGGAAUCUUCAGAUGGAACACCUCAUCAAGGCUUAUUUGGACUAUCACAAUACCUCAGCCAGCUGA